UUCAAAUCUAAACUUGAGGCUCUUGCCCACCCGGCUGGCAUCGCUUUCGCCAUGGCCCUCAGCGAUGCUGACGUGCAAAAGCAGAUUAAACACAUGAUGGCUUUCAUUGAACAGGAAGCUAAUGAGAAAGCAGAAGAAAUAGAUGCAAAGGCAGAAGAAGAGUUUAACAUUGAGAAAGGUCGUCUUGUGCAAACCCAAAGACUGAAGAUUAUGGAAUACUAUGAGAAGAAAGAAAAGCAGAUUGAACAGCAAAAGAAGAUUAAGAUGUCCAAUUUGAUGAAUCAAGCAAGGCUCAAAGUCCUCAGAGCUAGAGAUGACCUUAUCACAGACCUACUAAAUGAAGCAAAGCAGAGACUCAGCAAGGUGGGAAAAGAUACAACCAGGUACCAAGUGCUGCUGGAUGGACUGGUCCUCCAGGGUUUGUACCAGUUGCUGGAGCCCCGAAUGAUUAUUCGUUGCAGGAAACAGGAUUUCCCUCUGGUAAAGGCGGCGGUGCAAAAAGCGAUUCCUAUGUACAAAAUUGCCACCAAAAAAGAUGUUGAUGUCCAAAUUGAUCAGGAGGCCUACCUACCUGAGGAUAUAGCUGGUGGCGUUGAGGUCUAUAGUGGAGAUCGUAAAAUAAAGGUUUCUAAUACUCUAGAAAGCCGGCUGGAUCUCAUAGCCCAGCAGAUGAUGCCAGAAGUACGGGGAGCCUUGUUUGGUGCAAAUGCCAACAGGAAGUUUUUGGACUAAGCCUUUAGGAGAGCAGCCUUAUGGGGGAAGGAAUUGAGGCGCAUGAGAGAAACUGUCACAGCAAACUCAGUUCCUCAAGGUGAUGCUGUUAUUAUGUGACAGACUCAAGACUCAAAGCCCAGUGUUGAUCUGCACUACACAGUGAACCCUAGUUAAACCAUGGACUAUAGUUAAUAGUAUCAUUAUUAAAAUGUGCUUUCGUCUGUUGUAACAGAUGUUUCACACCAAUGCAAGGUGUUAAAAAAAGGUGGUAUAUG